CCCAAGGUUCCCAGCGAGACAGGCAGAAAGCUCAUGGCAUCCGGAGUCUUUGGCGUCGGUGACACCGACCUGCCAUCAAAGAAGACCAUCGCCAGACGCCUGCUGGAGCGAGAGCUUGGGCUGGGAGAUCGGGUUUGGAGGAAGAGGAACAAUGGUAUUCUGGCUCAGAACCUCAUUCCCGGCAGCAAGGCCGAAAAGAUUAUUCACUAUGACCACCCCAUCUACUCUGGCCAGUUCUCCGACGAUGGCAACUUCUUCUUCUCGUGCUGUCAGGACUUCAACGUGCGCAUGUACGACACGUCCAACCCAUACAACUGGAAGCUCUACAAGACGGUCAGCUACCCCUUUGGCCAGUGGACCCUGACAGAUGCCUCUCUGAGCCCGGACAACCGCUGGCUGGCGUACACCUCCAUCCAGAGCAUCGUCUCAAUAGCCCCCACCGACCCUAGAGACAAGGGCGAGCCGUACUCGCUUGAGCUCGACGACGGAGACAGCCGUGCGAGGCUCUCCUUUUGGCGCAACCGCGGGUCCUUUGGCAUCUGGUCCGUCCGGUUCUCGGGCGACGGACGAGAGCUUGUGGCUGGCACCAGUGCUCACUCGCUAGUCGUCUACGACAUUGAAUCCCGGACAGUCCUCCAUCACAUCACCGGCCACCAGGACGACGUCAACGCCGUGUGCUUUGCCGACAAGUCAUCACCUCACAUCAUCUACUCGGGCUCCGACGACACGACCAUCAAGGUGUGGGAUCGUCGAAGCAUGGGAGACAACCGCGAGGCCGGUGCCUUUGUAGGCCACAUUGAGGGCCUGACGUAUAUCGACAGCAAGGGCGACGGGCGAUACAUCCUCAGCAACGGCAAGGACCAAAGCAUGAAGCUGUGGGACCUGCGCAUGGCCAUGUCUACCGACCGCUUCCGCGAAAUCACAAGGGACAACGACUCCCGCCUCGAUAGGUUCGAUUACAGGCAAGACGACUAUGACGAAGACGACUGGGACGUGCACCCCCACGACAACUCUCUCGUCACCUUCCGAGGCCACAAGGUCCUCCGCACGCUGAUCCGAUGCCACUUCUCGCCGCCGUCGUCGACCAAUUCGCGCUAUGUCUACUCUGGCAGCGCGGAUGGCAAGGUGCACAUCUGGAACAUGGACGCAACUAAAGCGGGCGAAAUCGACGUGAAGCGGGCGACUCAUCGGACGCGGAAGCUGGACCGCCGAACUCGGGUCUAUUUUGACGAGCCUGGCGGCUGGGGCACCUGCGUGCGCGAUGCUAGCUGGCAUCCUAGUGCGCCAAUCAUCGUUGCUUCUGCUUGGAAUGGGUACAGCAUGGCACGAGGCACUUGCAGUGUCCACGCAUUCAACGAGUCUUCGGAGGACGAAGGAGAGCCCGAGAUGGGAGAUAGCGUCAAUGAGUCGCUGAGGCCAGACCCCGAGAUUUUCUACCCGUCCGGCUUUCGGUCGGCGCGAUAA